AUGUACGGCCGCAAAACUCCUUCCACUUAUCGUUCAACACCUUCAGUGUAUUCACAUUAUACUGGAAAAUCAUCGACAAACCUCCGUUCGUCUAAAUCAUUGCGUUCACUGAGGGUACCAUGGUAUCAGAAACCAAUCUUACAUGAUGCCUAUUUCUUGGAUCUGCAGAGGGGCUCUCUACUGACGGGUUUCUUUUCACUGUUUAUAUCACUCUUCACCUUCGCACAAAGUAUCUUUGACCUCUACUGCCUGUACAUGGCAACUCCAGGUUUCACACACACAGGAUAUUACGUCAUCAGCUACCAGUUUGUCUAUGUGGGCAGUCCUCCAGUUCGCAAUGUCCUAAUAAUAUUCUCUCUGUUCUCCUGGGUGGGGUCCAUGGUAGUACUUGUUACCAGCAUCAUCCUGGUAAAUGCUCUCAGAAAGGAAUACGAGAAACGAUGCGUACCCUGGCUGUAUUCAUUCGGUGUCUUCAUACUGUUCAGGCUGGUGGCGUUCAUCUUCGCCUCAAUAGUGAACGAUAUGAUCUUCUCCUAUAACGUGCUCAUUUGUCUGGUCUGGAUAGUGUUCUGUGUGGUGGGCUGCUACGGGUGGGUGUUGGUGUAUAGCUUGUACCUUGAGCUCGCCGACCUCACCAAGUUGGAGGAUUUGGCUCAUUUGAGGAUGGGUACGAUGGCUUCCCUGAAUGCGUCGCUGGCAGGCUCCCGCCCCACGACUCCUCACAGCACGGUGUCCACGAUGCCCGCGUCACAGAUCUGA